AUGCGUUCUCUGAGCAGCGCACCAAAAGCAGAAUUGCAGUGGUUGCCAGAUGAUGCUGUUGAUGACGUCAUUUUGCACCUGAGCAAGCCCAGCUUUCUCAAGGAGCGUCUGAUUAGUGUGUCUUCAACAUGGGUAUGA